AUGAUCUUAUUGCCCCUGAAAACACGACUAUGGAUCAGUCUCCUUUUUUUUUUGGUUGAGGAUCGUGCGGCACAACUGCAAGCCAAAAAUGAGGGUGAUGUGGCCACAGCCACACCGAAGUAUUCCACGGAAGAGCAGCAGUCUUCUUCUCUUCCUCCUCCUCUUCUCCCUGUUGAGGUGAAAGUGUGCCAUGAGAAACCCAGGACUGAAAGAGUGAGUUUGUUCGCUCGAGCAAAGAUGUACUCUAGUGCGACUGCCCCUGUUGUGAAUAGGGAGUCAGAGGUCUUAAAUACGAGAAAGUUUUUGAAAUAA